AUGUGUCUUCCCAUUUUCUUUUUUCUUUCGAUCUACCUAUCUAUCUAUCUAUCUAUCUAUCUAUCUAUCUAUCUAUCUAUCUAUCUAAACUCUCCUUUCACUUUCGAUUUUCUCUUCCGUUCCUUCCUCUCUUUUUGGUGUCAGCUUAAAAUAAACGACUCCCUGCCAUUUAUUUCGAUCUAUUAUCUAUCUAUCUAUCUAUCUAUCUAUCUAUCUAUCUAUCUAAUAGCUUUUCAAGUAUGUUAUUUUAUUUGUAAUAUACUAUUGUCUUUCAACAAGCUCUCUUAUCUUCGGUGUCUCUUUCUCUCGUCCUCUCUUACCAUUUCUUUCAUUCACCUUUUUUCUUUGAUAGCGAAUCCCGCUAGCCCGCGUCCCCGACCCGUUCUUCGAUAUCUAAAUCCUUGGGUGUCUGUGUCCCCUCAAACUGCGGCAUUCCUCGUCUUAUCCCCUCUGACUGGAUUGGAGGGUAAUCACGUUUCAUUCAUUCGAAAUUAUGUUUCCAUCCUUUCUUCCAUUAUUACAUUUUUUUUUGUUGUUGUUUUAAUUUUAUUCUCUCUCUCUCUCUCUCUCUCUCUCUUUCUUUCUUACACUUUCUCCAAUCUCUCUUUGUCAGUCUACUUCUUGUUGCUUAUCUGUAUCUAUCUAUUUGUGUAUCUAUCUAUCUAUCUAUCUAUCUAUCUAUCUAUCUAUCUAUCUAUCUAUCUAUAUAUAUAUAUAUAUAUAUAUAUAUAUAUAUAA